AUGCAAGCGGUCGCAGCAAGGCCAAUGAUCAACAUCGCGAAGGUCAGCGAGUGGCUUACCCGGAAUGCCAACGAACACCUAUACCCACGACUCUUCCUGAUGUCGCCAAACGGCACCUUGCUGGCCUACUCCAAACCUGUGGACAUCAAGGAGCUCCGCGACCAAGCGGCGCUGAUAUCCAUGGUCUGGAAGGACAACUGCGUAGGCAGGGCAAGGCUACCCUCACGCACAGAUUCGGCGCAUGAUUCUCAAUUGAAGUCUUCUUUGAGGACACUUACCGUCGAAACCGAGGACUGCAACAUUAUCGUGCGAUUUUUGCAAUCAGAAUUGCUGCUGGUCCUCGUUGGCACAAUCCCCCCAUGUAAGCGACAAAGAUUUAGAAUCACCGCAGAAGGAUACGGCGAUUCGCGAUAUCCGGACACCGACACAGUGAGCUCUCGGCCGGGAUCAAGCUCAAGACUUCUCCAAAAUGAUGACAAUCCUGAAAAUUUUCUGAGUCCUACCGGUGAACCUAGUCUUUCCAAGGGUAAGGCUCCAUCCAUUGCUAGCAACAUGAGUCAACGCGAGAAAGACAUCAGAACCGGAACACUACACGUGCAACGAAAAAGAUUGGAUGCACUUGCGGACUACGUAUUGAGAGACUUCGAAGAGACUGGCUUCGUCAUGCCAGCGGACUCGGACCUUCAAUAG